CUCUUCUCUCUCUCUCUAUGUAUUUUUCUCUCUCUCUCUCUACUGUUACAAUCACUUGUACAGUUCUUUCUUUUGUUUUUGUGUAUAUAUUUUCUUCUCUAGUAACUUAGUCCUCCGCAAUAAGCGCUUAACCAAAGGCUUCUUUUUAAAGCAGAAGAUACUUCUCUCUGUGGAUUGGGUACUGGUGUUAGUGUUUGGAGUAGAACAAGAAGAAGAAGGAGAAGAAGUAAGUAAGUAAGUAAGUAAGUAGAGAAAGUACCAUUGUGCUCAGCUAGGGUUUUUUUUUUUUGGAUAUGGCGGGUCCGGGUCCGGGUCUGAUUCUGAUCGAUCUCAACACUACCGAGGAGGAUGAGACGCCGUCGUCUGGUUCGUCUGCUUCAACGUCCUCUGCUUCUGCUUAUAUAACAAAUACAACUGCUUCUGCUUCUGCUUCGGCUUCGGCUUCGACUUCUUCAUCGCCUUCUUCAUCUUCUUCUUCUUCCUCCGUUUGUUUGGAGCUAUGGCACGCCUGCGCUGGCCCACUCAUUUCACUCCCCAAGAAAGGGACCGUCGUCGUUUACUUCCCUCAGGGCCACUUGGAACAGCUCUCUGAUUUUCCGGCUUCUCUCUGUGAUUUCUCACCCCACCUCUUCUGUCGCGUAGCUGACGUCAAGCUUCAUGCGGAGGAAGGCACUGAUGAGGUCUACGCGCAGGUGUCUCUUGUUCCUGAAAGCGAGCAAUUUGAGCAGAAACUGCUAGAUGGGGAAUUUGAUGCAGAUGGCGAUGAGGAAGAUAUUGAAGCAGUUGUUAAGUCCACAACUCCCCACAUGUUCUGUAAGACCCUUACGGCUUCAGACACUAGUACUCAUGGAGGUUUCUCUGUUCCUCGUCGUGCUGCUGAGGAUUGCUUUCCUCCACUGGAUUAUAAUCAACAAAGGCCUUCACAAGAGCUACUGGCAAAGGAUCUGCAUGGCCUGGAAUGGAGGUUUCGGCAUAUCUAUAGAGGGCAACCGCGUAGGCACUUGCUCACCACGGGAUGGAGUGCUUUUGUUAACAAGAAGAAGCUUGUUUCUGGUGAUGCUGUGCUCUUUCUUAGGGGUGAUGAUGGAGAGCUGAGAUUAGGGAUUCGAAGGGCGGCUCAAGUCAAAGGUUGUGGUAGUUUUCCAACUUUGUUUAAUCAGCAAUUGAAUUAUAGCUCUAUGAAAGAUGUAGUUAAUGCUAUAUCGACGAGAAGUGCUUUCAACCUCUACUAUAAUCCAAGGGCAAGCUCAUCAGCAUUUAUCAUACCUGUCCGAAAAUUCUUGAGAAGCCUCGAUCAUUCCUUUUCUGUUGGCAUGAGGUUUAAGAUGCGUUUCGAAACAGAAGAUGCAGCAGAGCGAAGAUACACGGGACUAGUAACUGGGAUUGGGGAUAUGGAUCCUGUUAGAUGGCCUGGCUCAAAGUGGAGAUGCCUAGUUGUUAGGUGGGAUGAUAUUGACUCGAGUAGGCACGGCAGAGUUUCUCCAUGGGAAAUUGAGCCAUCUGGUUCUGUUUCUAGUUCCACUAGCAUGAUGGCACAAGGUCUGAAGAGAACCAGGAUUGGUUUGUCUUCGGCGAGAGCAGAAUUUCCAGUUCCAAAUGGAAUUGGUGCAUCAGACUUCGGGGAGCCUUUGAGGUUCCAGAAGGUCUUGCAAGGUCAAGAAAUUUUGGGGUUUGAUACUCCUUUUGAUGGUGUGGGUGCUCAAUGUCAACACCCAUCUGAGAGGAGGGGUUUUCCUGGUUCAAACAGUUCUGGGAUUGCUGCAAUGGGGAAUAAUAGUGUUAGACACAUGCGUGUGAAUUCUGACAAUAUUACCCCCGCUCGGAUAGGCUUUGGUGAAUCAUUCCGAUUCCAUAAGGUCUUGCAAGGUCAAGAAAUACAUCCAAGCUCACCAUGUGGAAGAGCCCCAACUACUCGCGAGGAUAGUGAGUACGGUGGCUUGGGAUUCAUCGAUCGUGUUCAGGUGCCAAGCUCUAGAAAUGCAUGGUCUACUGUUAUGCAGAACAAUAAAACACAUGGUCGCACACCUGCCCAAUCCAUACAAGUAUCUUCACCCUCUUCGGUGUUAAUGUUCCAGCAGGCAAUCAAUCCACUUUCAACUUUCAAUGCCAUGCAAAAUAGUCAUAAUCAGGAGGAGCAGAGAGCUACAAAGCGAAGCUUGUACGCGGCUGAAUCAAAUAAUGUUGGAAACCUAAUGCCAUUCUCAUUUUCUGAUCGUGGCUUCAGUGGUGAAGAUCACGGGGGAACAAAGUCUGUGUAUCUCUCUUCUGAUCGCAAUCCUCGUGGAAUUUCAUACCCUCUUACAACUCUUCCAGAAUUUAGGAGCAGCAGUCAAGAUGUAGUUUCUUCCUGCAAAAGUAGCUGUAGACUCUUUGGUUUCUCAUUGACAGAGGAAAAACAUCUUCCGACGAGUGAGAAAAACUCUCCUCCAGUUUCCUCUUCAUUAAGUCCUGGAGUUUCUUUGUUUCCUAAUGUUGGAGGUCAGUUCCAUACAAAGCCUCCUUUGAUGACUAAAGCAGUCCGAAGCAAUUGUACCAAAGUAAGCGACCUCUACACCGUCAAAGAUAUGCUUUUCGAUAUUGCAUUGUAGUAGAACUCUAUUGCAUGAGAAAGAACUACAGCUUUACAAGUAAGAGAAUGUUAAAGAGAGAACAAUUUGAACAUCUGAUUUUCGAGUUCGGAGUGUGUAUGAUAUAGGAAAUGGCUUUUGACUGGUCUGGAGUAAGGUUGGAGUAUUGUUUGAAAGGAUCAUGAGGAUGAUACACAGGGCUCACCAGAGAAGAUAUAUGGCAGGACUUAGGUGGUGCUGUCAAGAAUUAUGAUAUGAUUAAAAGAUGUUACUUUGGGUAGCUGAGGCUGUCAAUGGCUUAGGCUGUCUGUAAUUUGAUCAGAUUAUGUGUGCACUUAUAUUAAUUUAGGUUUGAAACAAAGAAUUGUAAUUAUACUCCAGGUAACUUGACAGUAAUUUUUUUAAGACUUAUUUUUAGCUAUGAAAAGAACUAGCUCUUAUUGAAUAUCAGGUUCCUCUUGCUUGUCCUUGUUUGAAAGAGGGCCUGUUUUCAAACUUAUCUCAAUGCCAUACUUUUGAAAUUAUUUAUGGCAAUUGGCAAUUGAACUUGCCCUCUAUGCAUGA